AUGGAGGCGCUCCUCCGGUCGUUCGAGACCGCGGCCGCCGCGCGCGGUCCGCUCCGGCGGCCCGCGGCGGACGUCGCGGCGCUCUUCGCGGCCGCGACGCGCCUCUUCGAGGCCGCGGCCGUCGCCGCGGCCACGCCGCCGGGCGACGGCGACGACGAGCUCGAGUCCCUCGACGCCGUCGCGCGCGGCGCGUUCCGCGCCGCGGACGCGUUCGUCGAAGGCCGCCGCCCGGACCUCGCCGCGUCCCUCGCGACGAUUACGGACGCCGCGGCGCCAAACGCGGCGCCGGAGGGCGACGUGCCCGUCGACGUCACGGUCGAAAUGGAGCCUCUCCGCGCGCGGUUCCUGUCCCGCGGCGAACUCGACGAGGGCCGAAACGCGCCCUGA